CAGCGCCCGCGGUCCACGGGCAAGUUCAUCCCGGGACGAUUCAGAUGCGCGUCUGUGAACUGACGGUGAUUCCCGGAGCUGCAAGAUCAAGUCUCAUGACUUCUGUCUUACAACAUUCCUUGUUCUGGCUGCAUAGUUUCUAUCCUUUCCCCAAAGCAGCCGAAAAUGAGCAAAUUCCAGGGAUCAGUGACGUUCAAGGAUGUCAUUGUGGAAUUCACCAAGGAGGAGUGGCAAUUACUGGACGAAGCUCAGAGGGCCCUGUACAAGGAAGUGAUGCAGGAGAACUACCGUCACCUCGUCUCAGUGGGUUAUUUUGUGAAUAAGUCAAAUGCAGUUUUGAAGUUGAAGCAAGGAAAGGAGCCAUGGAUAUUAGAAGUAGAGUUUCCACGUCAGAACUACACUGAUCUAUGGAAGAUUCAUGAAUCAGAAGAAAGACACCAGGAAAGCCAAGCUGAAAAGUCAAGGACUGGAGAACCCACACAUCAGAAGACUCAUACCAAAGAGAAAACCUAUACAUGCAAUGAAUGUGGGAAGUCCUUCUACCAGAAGUCUAUCCUUACAGUACAUCAGAAUACUCAUUCGAAGGACAAACCCAGUGAAGAUGGGAAAUCUGUCCCCGGGAAUGGAGACCUCACAAGACAUCAGAAGACUCACACUAGAGAGAAAGCUUAUGAAUGUCAAGAAUGUAAGAAAACUUUCUACCACCUGUCAUCUCUCAGUAGACAUCUGAGAACUCAUGCAGGGGAGAAACCCUAUGAAUGUGAUCAGUGUGGGAAGUCCUUCUACCAGAAGCCACACCUCACGGAACAUAAGAAAACACACACAGGAGAGAAACCCUACGAAUGUACUGAAUGUGGGAAGUUCUUCUAUGUUAAGGCAUACCUAAUGGUACAUCAGAAAACACACACGGGGGAGAAACCAUAUGAGUGUAAGGAAUGCGGGAAAUAUUUUUCCCAGAAAUCACACCUUACAGUACAUCAAAGAACACACACGGGGGAAAAGCCUUAUAAAUGUAAGGAAUGUGGGAAAUUCUUCUCUAGAAACUCACACCUCAAAACUCAUCAGAGAACUCACACUGGGGAGAAACCCUAUAAAUGUACUGAAUGUGGGAAAUGCUUCUACCAGAAGUCAGCCCUCACAGUACAUCAGCGAACUCACACAGGAGAGAAACCCUUUGAGUGUAAUAAAUGUGGAAAACACUUUUACUAUAAAUCUGACCUUACUAAACAUGAAAGAAAACACACAGGGGAGAAGCCCUACAAAUGUCAUGAGUGUGGUAAAUCUUUCUCUGUGAAUUCAGUCCUGCGGUUACAUCAAAGAACUCACACUGGAGAGAAACCUUAUGAAUGUAAGGAAUGUGGGAAGUUAUUUUCUCAGAAGUCACAUUUUAUCAUACACCAGAGAAAACACACAGGGGAGAAACCUUAUGAAUGUCAAGAUUGUAAGAAAUCUUUUAUCCAGAAGUCAGAACUCACUGCACAUCAAAAGACACACAGAGCGAGAAAGAGCAAAUAAAUAGUAUGAAUUUGGAACUUCUGUCUGAAUGCACCAUUCAGAAUAAUGAGAUAAUUUACACAAGACAAAAAUCUUAGGAAUACCAUCAAUAUGGGGAACUUUAGCAACAAUCCUUCACAGAGAGGAAAUACAGAGAGAAAUUCUAUGAGUGAAAUUUUUACCAUAUCUCAGACUUGACUAAAUAUCAGACAACAUAGAUGGCAGAAACACUGCAAAUCAUGAAACAUGAGAAAACCUUUGAGAAGUCAGACUUUAUUGUACAACAUAGGAAUCACACAGGAGAGAAGUCCUGUAAGUAAAAUGAAUGUCAGGAAAUUUUCUGGCAGGGCAGCCAUCACCAGACAUCCAAAAGCUCAGGUGAGAGACUCUGUCAGUAUCCUGAUCAUUCAGAAGUCUUUUUACCCCAGUUACACUCAGAACACAGAGGGGCUGACUGCAAAGAUGGGAACAGAUACAGAAACUUCCAUCAGAUGUUUCAGCAAAUGUCAGAUUAUUGAUACUGGGAUAGAACCUUUAAAUAUAUGAAAGCUUUUAAAAGAAAAUUCAAAGAGAAUCUAUUCUGAGGGAAAUAGUGAUACCAGAAGUCAUGUUACAUAGAUUUGACUGUAAGGUGUGUGUUUUUGUUGUUUUUUUAAAGAAAACUACAACUGUCUAGAUAUACUAAGGUUUUGAAAAGUACAAAUAAAUUGAAUAAUCAGACAACAUCAUUAAACACAUGGAGAGUCCUGUAGUAUGUAGGGCUUAUGUGUGUAUGUGAGUGCACUACAAAACACAGCCUGUGGUGUUUGAUGUGCGUGUGGAACCCAUACUUGUACAUAGGGAAAUAUGUCACUUUAGUUCAGUAGUUUUUAUGUACAUGAAGAUAUUUUACAUUAUGUUUCAGCAGUGACUCCUGUCAAUGUGCAUUUAAGUAUAUUUUUAAUUAUAAUGUAUUUUUUCUGUUUUCUGUCAUUUUUAAAUGAAUAUGUAUGUUGUCACUAAUCCUUCAGAAAGAAGUUAAAAAUGUUUUUGUAAAAUUUUCAACUGUCAGCUACAUUUUACAUUAGGGACACAUUUAUAGGAAAAGCCUGAGUUUAUUUUUUCAAACAGCUAAUAAUCCUCUACCCAGUAAACAAAUAAUGCUAUGUAAGCAAAUGUUGUCUAUCUUACUGUCGAUGUUUUAGCAGGGUGCACAGCUAUCUGUUUUGUAUUUUGUAGGGGUCCUAAAUGUUCUGUGCUGCCUGUUUAUUUCUGGUAGAAGUGACAUGGCAUAGGCUCCAAUUCCAGCAUGGAGCAGGCCACACAACCUCUCGAUGCCUCAGUUUACUUUUGUAGGAGAAAUGAUAAUAUGUUAGGAUUGCUUUGGGAAUAAAUGAGUUAUUUUAAUGCACUUAGAAUAGUUUCUGAGAUGGAAAAAUAGCUAUAUGUUAGAUAUUAUCAUCAUUGUGAUGUGUCUCUUUUGAAUUAACUGCAGAAAAAGAUUGGCUGCCAACAUCCAUCCCAGACUUUAUUGCUGUAGUGCCAUUUGGUUGGUUUGUACAUUUUCCCAGAAGUGACCUAGAGCUGGCCCACGCCCAUUUUUGCGGCUGGCAAAUUAAGGAUGGCUUUACAUUUCUAAAUAGCUGAAAAAAUAAUGUUUUGUGAUGUGAAAUUUAUGAGAUAUUCAAAUUUCAGCAUCUCUCUAAUGAAGUUUUUAUACAAAAACCAUUCAUUUCUGCUUUACUUUCCUGUUCCAAGAGCAGAGCUGAGUAGCCCAGCAGAGACCCAAUGGCCCAUAGGGCCUAAGAUAGUUCCUAAGUGGCACUUUACAAUGUUACCUUGUUCUGCUCCUUAGAGCUAAAAGCACUACAACCAAUGUAAAGGCACUUUUGUAUUUGGUAUGUGUUUCAGAAAUGGUGCAAACAGCAAUUUGUGGUGGGGUAGUUUGUGCUAUAUACUUAUUUUGCGUAGUAUAUUUACAUGCAAAAAGACUAAACGUUAGAAUUUUUUUCAAAUAAAUGUAUUUUACUUGAUGAUUUUUCAUAACAUCAAGAAAUUUCCUGAUAGAAUGUAGCAGUGAAUAUACAAAAUAAACAGCGUCUAAAUAAAGUUGAAUUGUUAAUGGA